UUAGGUAGUUAGCUGAAAUUCCUUUAGAUGUUUAUUUAGCAAUUAGUUGGUUCUUUGGUUUGGGGAAGUGGUGGCUCAGUGGAUUAAGGCUCUGUAGUACUAAUCAGAGGGUUGGGGUUUCAAGCCCCACUGUUGGGCCCCUGGAUAUGGUCCUUAAUCCAACUGCUCAACCUAUCCCUGUUGGGGGCACCAUGUUAAAAGUUGUUCAUUUAGUUGAAUUUCCUUUAGUUUGUUAGUUGAAAUUCCUUUUGAUGGUUCCUUGGUUAACCUUCCUUGGUUAAUUGUUAGUUGUUUAUUUUGGUUAGUUUUUCAUUUAGUUCCUCUAGUUUGAUAGUUUAAUUAACUUUAGUCAUUUAUUUUGUUCAGUAGAUAGUUUCCCUCAUGUUCUGGUAAAUAUCAUGGAAAGUGAGAAGUGAGAGGGACAAAUCAAUUGAUUUUCAAACCAAGUAAGAAAGCAAAACUAAGUUGAGUUUAAAUGACUUUGCAUCUUGUCUAUUCUCCUGCAGACAGUGGUGUGUGUGAGAGAGAGAGAGAGAGAGAGAGAUUUUAGCUCACUUUGCCAGACUGUGUCCGUCCCACAGAUAAAGCAGGGAACAAUAACAGGGAAUGGGGUCAGCUAAAUGUGGAGAUAAGACCAGUUUUUCAUUCCUUGGGAAAAAUGAGCUCUCUUUUCUAUCGAUUAGCAGGAUACCUCCUCCUCCUCCAAGCAGUUCCCACCUUCCUUCCCUCAAGUCUAGUGUCAUUUUAAUCCUGCUAUAGAUAAAAUUCCCCAGGCCACUCCUAGCUCUUCUAAACAUCAAUUCAUUAACACUCUAAUAAAUAAAUUAAAUUAAUUGGGUGCCCUGUUAUAUCACACCCUGGUCUAUAAAUAACCAUUAAUAAUAAAAUCAUUUUUGCAUUGACUUUAACCUGUACCCACACUGGACAUUUUCACUUUCUUGCUUUCUCACCAAAAAUUUCUCUCUGUUCCGGUGACCUGAAUGUGACCUGACCACCGUUCUUUUCUUUUUCUCUCAAAUAAGUUUCAUUAUUCUCAAACUUUCCAUUCUGAGGUCUAAGCGGCGACAUCAGGCUCUUCAUGGCCUUCCCCUGAGACUGUGGGAAAGUGUGCUGCUAAAAGCACCCAUGCAUUGUCAUGUUAAUAGCUCAGUGUGGUGGUGGUUUGGAGGGGAGGUUUCGACAGCUACACGUUUAAAACGAGGUGGCAGCCUAAUUUUCCCAGCCUAGCAGGCACCAAACACUCCUGAGAAAGUAUCGACACCAAAAACUGAUCACCACAAGUUCCAGAUUUAAUUUUUACUUUGCAUCAGAAGUUAAGCAGAGAUAUGACUGCAUCAAAUCUUGGCAAUGGACCAGAAAAGAGCUUCAACGCCAAAGAGGAGCGUAAGCUUCGAAAGCCCCUGAUAGAGAAGAGACGUAGAGAACGCAUCAAUUCAAGCCUGGAGCAGCUCAAAGGGAUUAUGGUGGAUGCCUACAAUUUGGAUCAAUCAAAGCUGGAGAAGGCGGAUGUUCUGGAGAUAACUGUGCAACACAUGGAAGGCCUUCAAAGGGGCCUUGGACCAGCGGGCAGUCAAGGACAUAAUGUGGCUUUUGAAUCUCGCCAACGAUACAGUAGUGGUUAUAUCCAGUGUAUGCAUGAGGUGCAUAAUUUGCUCCUCAACUGCCCUGGCAUGGACAAAUCACUGGGUGCCCGUCUUCUGAACCACCUGCUGAAGGCUCUGCCUCAAAUCAGUGGAGAGAGUGGUGCCACAGGCAAUGCUGCCACCACCAGUCCUCUUCCUCUUCCCACCUCACCUACUACACUGGCCUUUCCCUCCUUUCCACCCCAUCCUCUCCAACUACACACCCCUCCCUCUCCUGUGAGCCCCCCCUCACCCAGCAGCCCCCACUGCUCUCCUGGAAUCCUCUUGCAGAGAGAGGGGGCUGGCAUGAGGCCCUCCCCACCCCAAUCACCCUCCCCCCAACCUUUAGCCCCUUCUGCCCUUCCCCCUGCCUUCCCAGGGGGUGACCCUUCUAUGUGGAGGCCGUGGUGAAGAAGUGAAACCCUCUACCACUUUUCACUUGCCCUGUCCCCCCUUCUUCCAUUCUUCCCUAAUAGUGUCCAUUACAUCCUCAUCUCCUGGGAUGUUUGAGUGCUGGGUCUUUUCACUCUGAGAGUGGAGAGGUCACCAAAUAAUAGUAGGUUUCCAAGCCCCUGGGGGUUUUGUGGCAUCAUUUGAAGAACUAUUCUUUAUGGUUGAUUUACUAUGGUGUGGGCUUGUUUGGAAAUUUGAAAAACAAAAGGGAACCACCAUCAAGGACGCUCACUUAGAAUUGAUCACAUGAGAAAAAGAAUAGUUGCUUCAUUAAUUGAUGAUACUGUUAUUUUGGGAAGCCAGGUAUGUAUAAGCAAUGUACUUUGCUUAAUUGUAUUUCAUUUUGAAAAUAUGUGUAAUUUUUUUUUCUUCGUAUGAUUUUCCUUUUCACUGUUUUUAGUAUUGCCCUUUCACUAAAGUUUAGUGUGGCGUGAUGUAUUUUACACUAUACCUCUGAUCAACUGGUAGUGACUGGUUUCUGCUACAAAAUAAUGGACAUGUGUUGGAAUGUCCUGAAUACACUAAGUAUGUAAAUAUGUGUGUAAUAUGCCAUGACCUCUGACACUUUUCUUGCUGACACUAAACUUUUAGACUUUACUGGUCCCCAGUUGUCUCACUUGAAGAAUUUUGUAUAUAAAGUCAGGUUCAGGUGCAAAACAUGUGCUAUUUACCCACUCUAUGUGCUGGUUAUCAGAAUAUGCUGUAAACAUUUCUGUGAAUAAAGAAAUGAACAUCCA